UUGAAACAUUAAUAACAUCAAAUCUCUCUCUCUCUCUGUUUGUGGGUUGUAAAUUUAGAGAGAGAAAGAUGGGAAGAACUCCAUGCUGUGAUAAAGCUAAUGUGAAGAGAGGGCCAUGGUCCCCUGAAGAAGAUGCAAAGCUCAAACACUAUAUUCAAAAACAUGGAACUGGAGGAAAUUGGAUCUCUCUCCCACAAAAAGCGGGUUUGAAAAGAUGUGGGAAAAGUUGUAGAUUGAGGUGGCUGAAUUAUUUGAGACCUGAUAUCAAACAUGGAGAUUUUUCUGAGGAUGAAGAUCGGAUAAUUUACCAUCUCUUUACUACCAUUGGAAGCAGGUGGUCAGUGAUUGCAACACAACUACCGGGAAGAACAGACAACGACAUAAAAAAUUACUGGAACACGAAAUUGAAGAAGAAACUAAUGGGUACAAACAACAUCUCGUCUCAAAACACAACCCCACAUGGAUUGCUUUCCCAUUUUCUUCAAACUUCCUCAACAAAUUCAUCAUCAUCUUCAUCACCAUCUUCAUACUCAGAUCAUAGCAACUUCCCAAGCUUCCCAAACCCUAAUGGGACGUUUUCCACUUUAUUAGACACCAUCUCAUUCUCAUCCACUCUUCUAAACCCCACAAAUUUGAUCUCCACCUCUCAAGAUCAAACCUUUAUCAUCAAUUCAAACCGAGCUCAAAAUAAUUACGAUGUCAAAUCCGAUCACGGCCUCCUCGUGUUCGGAAGGGAUCAACCCAGUUGCAGCUCCUCCGACGCCGAGUACGGUAACGGAGGAGGCAUCGGAGUCGAGGACGAGAAGAAGAGAAUGAGCUUUGUAAAACAAUUUCAUGAUCAUGAUAUGUGGAUGGAAGCUUCUCCAUUGAUGGAUUAUGGGCUUGAGGAAAUUAAGCAGCUGAUCACUUCUAGUAGCUGCAGCAAUGUGUUUCUUGAUGGCUGAAGAUGUUCAUGUUCAUGUUCAUGUUUUUUUUUUUUUUU